AGGGCUGCCGCAUGAGUGCUUCUCUUGUACCUACAGACUUAGUCUCCGGGCCAAGCCCCGAGACUACUACAGACUCUCAAAAUCAACUACAAAUUACUGAUCUUGCUGAGGUACUUCAAUUACUCAGAAGACAUGGUUAUUCAGGAGUCAGUUACCAUACGCUCAGUCUUUACCUUGGUCUGUUUCCUAACACAAUACGUGUCAUUGAAGCUGAUCACAGGGGAGAUACUGAAAGGUGUCUCAGUGAAUGCUUUACUAAAUGGUUAGGAAAAGCUGAUGAUGUUCAGAAGAAAGGUGGUCCUACUAUCUAUUCAUUGGUAUCAGCAUUGAGGAGAAUAGGCGGAGAGAAUGGAGUAGCUGAUGGAAUAGAUAUGGAGAAGCAUCCUGCUUGUAAAAUUCUUGCUUGUCAUUCAGCUCAACAAUCUGUCAUUGCUGCUGCAUUACCUCAGUUGGUCAUAGUUUUGUAUUUAACAAAACUGAUAAAAGAGAUGAUCCUUCCAACUAAUGUACAAGGAGAGAAUCUACUGAUUCAAAUAAAAGAAGCUGUUUGUAAUGAUUAUCAAAAACUUGAAGCAUUUGCUGUAAUUUUAUGUAAAGUCAAGGCCACCAUUGAAAUCGGCAACUCCCUUUUGAAAGAAUACAGUGAAGUUUUUUGCAGUGAUGAUUUAGUAGUAAUGAAUGAUGAUAAUGGGCUAAAGAUUUACCUUCCUCAGAGUAUGACAGCACAGUUUACCACCAUGAGGUUGAAAUUUGGUCAAACUUUUUUGAAGGUAGAGAAAUGCAUCAAGGAAAAGUCUCCAGCACAUAAAGAUAUCAAAAAUAUUUUGAGUUAUUAUUCGGAAGAUUUAGAAAGUCAAAUCGCUCAUUGUGAAAGCACUUAAUAGCAUUUUAAAAUUAAUCAGAGAUAAAUGUUCACUAAACGAUAUUAGUAUGUUGGAGUUUUUUGUUAUUGAGCUCAAUAUACAAAAAGCUGAAAGUG